AUGGUUGUUGUUGCCUUGCUAUUGGGAGGCAACAUUUUGUUGUCGAAAGUGGCGAUAGAAGAUGGAAUGUCUGUCAGAAUAAUGGUCGCAUAUCGCUGGAUUUUCUCUGCAGCUUUUCUUGGCCCCGUGGCCUUGUGGUUGAGUGGUUUACUUGGGGGAUCACUCUUCUGUAAUCUGUUUUAUGCAAGUAUUGAAUUGACAUCUCCUGUAUUUGUAUCGGCAAUUGAUAAUCUUGUACCAGCCAUGACAAUUGUUAUCGCCAUUCUCUUCAGAUUUCGGUACUGGAUCGUGUCGACCCGAGUUGAGGUGCCGCCUUCAGUCCUACAGGAGACCAAAGGUAGAUCAGCCGGCAUUCGCAGACCAUGGAAUCCCGUUCCAGCUAUUUCGGAUCACUGUUUUUACUUUAAUUCAAAGACAGUUGUAUUUUCUUUCAGCUGUUCUGGACCUUAUUUAGUGGUUAUUGUUAUUGCAUAUCAUCUAUUUUAUGGUUUUAAUGAUGUUGUUACUAUUUCUAUGGUUUCUGUUGACGAUACUGAUAUAUUGUCUCUUCUUGUUUUCUUUCCGUCUUCCUGA